UAUUAGGGAAAUUAGAGCUGAAAUUAUAUCAAAUUUGAAUUUCAUAAGUUGUAUUCAAAUCGCAGUAGGCAGGAAAAUAGCAUAAAGUGCCACGUGAGGAAAAAAGGAUUCAUUCAGUGUUCUAUUCUCAAACCGUGAAGUUGGUUUCUUGUUCGACCAAAUAAAUUUGGAAGCAAUGGCAUCAAAGCGAUACGACAAUGGCGUGGUAAUCGCUCCCAGCAAAAAGAAAAAGACUACUAAGUUGGAUGCGGCUUUAAGAGAUCUGUCCGAAGCUAACUCCACCAAUGUUAAUCUUACGGAAGAACUGGAGAAAGCCCGUGAAACCAUUCGCUCAUUGCAAUUCAGCCUAUCGUCGGCAAGAAGUGAAUGCGGGGAAGUAAACAGUGAAGAAUUUGAUAACAAUUUUGGGCCCUCCAGCACCCAAAAUCAACGAAACGAACCUGCUGUCGAAGUGACCCAGUUCAUGUCUUCGAUGAACCAAAUGACCAUAUCAACGAUUAAUGUACCAGAAUGCAAAGCAAGCGCUGAAGGAGAAGACAUUUCCAGAUUAGAUUUCGACGCAUGGCAAGAGCUGCUAGUUAACUCUCUGGCAUUGGCUGGUGUUUCUGACGAGACGACCAAAUUCGUGGUCUUUAAAGUUAAAGCAGGUCGAAAACUUCUUGAAGUUUAUCGUGCGACAGAAACUUCAAAUGCGGCUCCCAAUGAGGAAAUACGACCAUUUUCAAAUGCCAUGCACCGGCUCAAAGCAUAUUUUGCGUCAACGUCGGAUAUAAUGCUGCAGCGCAGAAAACUCGCCUUGAUGAGUCAACAGCCCAAUGAAUCAGAUCUAGCAUUUAUCCGAAGAAUCAUGCUAGCAGCUAGACAGUGCGAGUAUCCUGAGGAAAAGCAGUUCGAAGAAGUGCUCAGUGCUGUAGCAGAACAGGCUAGGCACAAAGAAAUCAGGGUCGCAGCUCUGAAAAUGAUGAGCCGUAAAGCAUCAUUUCCCGAGCUCAUCGACAAAGUCCGAGAAAUCGAGACAAUACGCCUGAACGAGGAAUAUGUCACCAAGAAGCAGGCCACCACCGAAACACCUAUGGCUUUGGUAAACGCAAUGCGUGCAACCGCAGGACCAUCUCAUUACGUUUCUAGCCACACAAUACCAGCUUACGGUAGAACCCCAUACCAACGAGCAAAUAUUCGUGGAGGACGUGGACAAAGGCCAGCAAGAGGAGGUAUGGCUUGGCGAGGUUCGAACUCACAAGUGUCGGAACGUUGUACUCGUUGUAAUAGCAUCUAUCACGCGGUGGUAUAUUAA